AUGUCGUCGAACGACUACAGCUCGUACAGCUAUCCCUACCACCAGCAGAGCUCUGCCCAACCUUACUCGGCGUAUCAGACUGCGCCCGCCUCCAACACCAGUGCGAACAGCACCAGUGCGGAACCGUCGCGCCAGUAUUCGCAGGCACCGUCUGCUGCGACAAACCAAUCUGCAGACUAUCUGUCCUACCCUGAGCCGUCUUACGGUCCAUCGAGUAGUGAGUAUGGGGCUGCGCAAGAAAACAACGACAACAACGACAACAACAACAACACAUGGAGCGCCAGCAGCAACAGCUACGGCGCAGCGAGGGACAAUGGCAGCCGCGCUGCUGAGGUCCUACGAAAUAUGAGUAACACGGGCUACGCCGCGACGACCACGGCGCUGAGUCAAGCUGGCUUCACCACCAUCAACGCUGCCAAUGCGCACUACCCUCCCGGACGUUCCCUGCAAGUGCAAGCACAACCGCUGCACACCUCCCACACAAUACACGGUCAAACACAGGCUCGUCCAAGCAGCGUCAAUACCAACCAGGUACAACCGCCAGCAAGCAGAGGCCUGUCAUCACCUGCGACAGCUGCCGGUUACCCUACGCAGCGAGCGCAGCCGCAGUACCAUCAGCAACAGGCACAACAGCGUACGGCCAGUCCUGCUCAGGCUCCAUACAGCCACAACCACGCAAUAGCUGCGAGCAGAAACGCCUCCAUGGCUGCUGCAGGAACAUCCCAACAGUACACUGACUAUGGCCGCCGACAACUUCCUGACGUUGACGCCACACAAACUGCUCCUAACGCCACACCCACGACCUCGUAUACGCCUCGAGCACCCGCGCCGACUGUUCAACCUCCACCAUCCAGCAUAUCCGAGCCUUAUACAGGAUCGAGUACGACAGUCGAUCCCACGGCCGUGUAUGACCCCUGGCCUGAAUACCAACGACAGCAGGCAGCCAGAGAUGCAGCGCGUGCUGAGCAAGAGAAGAAAAAAGAAGAGGCUCGCAAAGAGGAAGAGCGGCUGGAAGAGGAGGAGCGCAGGUGGGGAGAAGCUAAGGAGGCAGCACGGCAAGCGCAAAUUGCUGCUAGUCAACCGAAACCGAAAGCUAAGAAGGCUCAGACGCAGCCAGCUACUGCCACUACUGCUGCUCAAUCUAACGUCCCCGAUGUUCCAGAGUCACCAGCUGGCGGCUCAGAGCUUGAGGCAGAGAUUCGUGCCAUGAUGGUGAAGAUGCGCGAGCUCAAUAGCAAGGAUCCUCAGCUGCUUGCGCGAAUCUGGGAAGAGGAACGGAGGGCUAAGGGCGCGAAAACGCCAACUGCUACCGCAAAAGCAGCCCCUCAACCAGCUGUCGUUCCAUCUGCGCAGGUCCCUAUACCUUCGAUUGCGAACCAAGGGAAAAAGGCAACCCCACGAGAGUCUAUUAGCGCGCCCAAUACAAAGCUGACCACACUCCCUCAAGCUCAAGCUGUGCCAGCCAGCAUACGAGCCCCUGCCGCCAUACCUGUGCGAACUGGUGGGAACACCAUCUGGCCUCCCGAGAAGAAGCUGGAGCUUGCAAGAGCUGCGGCUCACUAUCUCACCACCAAAAACCCAGACCGUCCAAUAGAGUCUGAGCAGGUUCUUCAGAUGCUUGACGGCAACCCAUCAUAUGUUGAGUUGUGCGAGCGGUUGGAGCAAAUGGGCUUCAAACUGGACCGCUCCAUCUUUGCAAAGAGUUUGCUGCUAGCUGUGCCAGAUGUCAACUCUGCGUCUCGCAAGACCACUCGACAAGCAAUUCCUCCUGCUACCGCUCCGAAGGCUCCAGCACCACCUGCAGUCAUGAAGCAUCCCGUUCCACCAGCGGUCAUGAGGCAUCUGGCGCCACCUCAGGUUGCGCCCAGUCCUCGCUACAGUCCUGCGGCAGUUUCAAGAAUGACCGGGUCGACAUAUCCUCCAUUUCCUGAUAACCCUGGCUCAGCGGUAGCAUCAUCCAUUCCAGUCGCAGAGAUGGUACCCAUCAAGCCAGAGCUGAAGCCGCCAGCGAACAAAGAAGAAGCGGCAAGGAAACGCAACUUGAGCGAUCUGAUUGAUCUGACACAGCUUGACGAGGAAGAUGACAUGAUGCCACCCAUGAAAAGACUCAACACCAACUCGAUGGUAAAUACCUAUUCAUCAUCCCAUCCAUCCUUUGAUAGUGCUGUGGGUACUGGCGCAGCACCCAUCAACAAUUUCCCAACAGCGGCCAUUCCCGCACCCCAGAGCAACGAGCCGCCGAGAACAAUGCCCAUGCAAAUGAACGGGCUACGCUACCGAGCAAUCGUGGAGCCCUUGGAGAAGAAAAAGGCCCUUCGACGUAAUACCUACAAUCCAGCCACAAUCGCGCGAGACGUAUUACUUGCGUGUGGAAGACACCCCUCGGAGCGCCAACUCAACCAGCAUCUUGACGUACUGAAGACAAACCUACCACAUAUAUCCAACGAGUCAGAUCUCAGUACGAUCAAGUGGAGUCUCAUCGAUCCCGGCAAUCCACCGCCUGGUUACUUUAAGGACGGUGUGCAAGCCCUGACAGAAGGUGCGGAUGAGGAAGAUGAGUCCGAAGCUGAAGAUGGGGACAGGGAGUCGUUGUCCCACGCGACCGGCGGGGAGGGCGCGAGGGUCCAAGCGCUUCCCGAGGCGACCAAUCCAUUCAUCAAACAGAAGCGACGCGGUCGAAAACCGCGUCACUCACUUCCCAACGCCACAACAACCACAGUACCAACUACUCCCAACCGGCAAGCAAGCUCUUCGAACAUGAGUGUAAGCGCUCCACGACCUUCGUCUGCUGCUGGUGGUGUUGGUUACUCUGCUUUUCGCUCCGCGACUGGGUAUGGACCUGAUGGCAAGCCACUGCCGAAGAAGAAGGGUCGCCCAGUCGGUUGGCGCAAAGCCAUCCAUGGCUCUUCUGCGGCUCAGUCUCGGCCUGCGAUGAACGGCCACACAGGCACACACGAAUCUCAGCAACCGAGCACCUUGCGCAAUGUUAGAACUGGUGGGGACGAGCCUAUUCUCAUCAGUUCGCGAUCACCCAGUGUCGCUACUGGCAUGCCUCGGUACCAGGUUUUCAAGUGCAAGUGGCAGAACUGUCAGGCGGAGUUGCACAAUCUCGAAACUCUGCAGAAGCACGUCUUUAAGGGGCACUGUAAGGAGAGGCUGCACAACCUGCUGGAGUGUUUAUGGGAUGGCUGCGGUACAGAGGUCACCAACAUCGACCCCGUGACCAACAUGAGCCUCAAGCGUAGCACACCUCAGGCGUUCGGAUCUGAAAGCGCCUGGCGGGGGCACAUGCAGCGAAUUCACUUUGAUCCUCUGGCCUGGGAGCAUGGUGACGGACCUGCUGGUGGUGUUUCUGAUGCACACGACUCUGAGGCAUACUUGAGUGAUGCGCAAGGCCGUCGUGUUACUCCGCGCAUCACAGCUGAUUUGGAGCGCGCUUUUAGCAGCGAUCUGUCACGCCAGCUCCCUGCAUCAGCACCUCGGGGACGCGGUCGUCGACCAAAGAACACACAAGAACAGGAGGCUCGCGACAUGCAGGAUCGGUUAGUAUCGCGGAAGCGGCGUAUGGGCGGACCAGGCAUGGACCGCGGAGGUGCCACACUCGUGAAUGAGAAGCGCAGGAGAGGGCUUGUAGACAGUGACGGGAUGGAAGAAGAGCUCGUCGACGCAGAGGAUUAG